AUGAUGAAUAAUGAUGAUGAAUUCUUUGUUAGUGAAGAUCGUGUGGAAAAGACAUUGUUUAGAGCUGAUGAUGUAUGUUUAAUCAAGAUCCCACCACCUAUAACGACAGAUUCUACUUCUAGUUCAAUAAUUGAUAUAAAUUCAUGGGAUUUAAAUGAAAUUGUUUGGAAAGGGAAAUUAAAAUUUGUUGAAACUGAAUUUAUAAUGAAUAUGAAUAUUGAUGAAGAUUCUAUAAAUGAAAGACAAAUAAUACAAGGAAAUAUAAUAUUGAUUAAUAAUAAUGGAAUUACAAAUGAUAUUUUUGGUAAUAUUCCUUAUACUUUAGAUGGUCAUAAUGUUCAAAUUACAAAUUCAAAACUAAUAUAUAGUGUUAUAUUGGAAUUUCAAGAUAAGAAAUUAGGACUGGGAUUAAAAUUUUUAAAUCAAACAAAAUCUUCAGAUUUUAAUAUUUCAUUACAAGAUUUUAAAAAACAUGCAAAAGCUGCAUUAGAUACUCAUAAUGAUUUAAUUAAUGAUUUACAAGAAAAUUUCCAAAAAUUAAAUAUUGAAUUAUCAAGUCCCACUGAUUCACAAAUUGAACAUAUUGAUAAUAAUAAACAAAAUGAAUUAACUGAUGAAAGUGAUUUAGAAUUUGGUGAUUUUGUAUCAAGUGAAUAG